AUGUCGCGCCUGCACGUCCAGCCUCUCUUGCCGACCAAGGACAAGUCGUUCUACGACAAGAUCGCCGCCUACCCAACCAGAUUCCCCGGCCGCCGAAAAGCCGUUUCCGAGCCGCCCAAGAUGGACGCCGCGCGGCGCCCCAAAGUCCGCCUCUGCUACGUCUGCGGCCGCGAGUAUGGUCUCUCGUCGUUUGAAAUCCAUCUCAAGCAGUGCAAGCUGCUCUGGAUCGCGCAGGAGGAGAAGAAGCCACUGCGCGAGCGACGACCGGUGCCAGAGCCGCCCCAAGAGCUGCCCAUUGAAGCCAACGUGCUCUACCAGCUCUCGCCCGACGAGCUCGAAGCGCAGAACCGCGCGGCCGCCAGAGCCUUUGAGGAAAAGGUCAUGGAGAAGUGUGCGUACUGCGGUCGCACGUUCAACCCAGAGAGACUCGCGAUUCACAACCGCAGCUGCACGGCAGAACGACCCGCCCGCGCGGUGGGCACGGCUCGUCUGUCACCGUCGCCGUCGCUCAGUGCCGACUCGUCGCCGCCACCAACGACAUCAACGACCGAGCCGUCGCCACAGAGGACCAAGCGAACCGGAAGUCCGUCGUACACAGAGUCCACUGCCUCGUCGCGGUCGUCCAUGUCGUCGUAUGCCGACUCGACGGCGUCGUCACGGUCAUCCAUGUCCUCGACCCUUGGGCGGCUCUCGCUGACGUCGUCGCAGGGCCGGCCAUCGUCCCAAGGCGGCCGGCUCUCGACGUCGUCGUCCCAAGGCGGCGGCGGUAGUCGACCAACCACGCCACCGCAGCAGCUUCGCGGCUCGACGCCGCCUCAGACGCGACCGAGCAGCCGAGGCGCGACGCCACCCGGCGCCGACCGGUCGCGGCCAUCGACGCGCAUCGAGCUUCCGGCGCUUAGCGCCUCGCCACGCCCAACGACCAAGACACCGGCGUCGGCUGCGCAGCUGGCCGAGUUUCAAGCCAAACUCGACUUUUGGGAGGGCCAGGCAUUGGCCAUGGUCCGCGACAUUCGCGCCAUGAAGGAGCUUUUGGCGCAAAUGGCAUAG